UUCAAAUUCGAAAUCACCGAGAGUUUUAACUUGUACACAUGUAGCGUACGAGAUACGCAACGCUCUCUCUUUGCCUUUGUCAGACAGACCUGCCGUCUACAGUGCGUGCUGCACAGCUGUUCGCUGCCAGGAGCCGUCCACAGUACCCAAACAUCCGUCGCACCGCACCAAGCUCCAGGACACCCCGCAAUGUCGCUCCGGCGGCGCCUCCUAGGCCUCUCCGCCCACAUCCGCCGCUCCCUCUCCACCGCCGCGGCCUCCUCGCAGUCGCACCCGCCAUGGGCGAUCAUCGACGGCACGUCGAUGGUCGACAGAUCGUCGUCGGCCCCGGUGGCGUGCUUCCGCCCCGUCCAGCCUCCAGGCGUCUCCGACUUCACGGCCCCGGCGCACCUCCUCAGCCCCAGACCACGCCCCGCCGCCCCCGACAGCAACGUCGUCCAGUCCCUCUUCGGCAGCGUCGGCGCCGUCAGCGGCGACGGCCACCUCCUCCUCACCUACCACGACCUCCGGGCGGAGGGCCCCUGCACCAAGUGGGAUUUCGCGCGGGACCUCGAAAUCCAGCGCUUCGUCUGCAACCCUGUCAGCGGGCAGAUGCUCCGCCUGCCCGACAUCGGCCGCUCCAGGAGGACCCUCGUCGUCCACCACAUGGGCCUCCUCACCCAGGGCGCCGGUGGCGGGCCGCCUGACAGGUUCGCCGUCGCCGAUCUCCUUUCCCAUGGCGCCAUCAUUCCGCGGUUUCUCUCGGAGGAAGGGGAGUGGAGGACGGUGAUUCGGGCCACACCAUCCUUACGGCUGCCGCGCCUGAUGGAGGUGAACCAGGAGACGGUUGCCUUCGGCGGCCGCCUGUGGUGGGUCGACCUCACCCUGGGCGCCAUCUCCGUCGACCCGUUCGACGACCGGCUGAAGACAAGCUUCGUCGAGCUGCCGAGCGGCAGCGUGCUGCCUGCGCGCGCACUUACAGACAGCCAACAUUUUGGGGACAGGCGUCGAGCUGCCGAUGACCAGAAUCUGUUCAUGCGGGAGGUGGCCAAGCACCGGCGCAUGGGCGUCAGCGAGGGGAGGCUGCGCUAUGCCGAGGUGUCUCCCCACGACCCGUUCGUGCUCAGCUGCUUUGCGCUCGACGACGAGGGCAGCAGCUGGACGCUGGAGCACGAGGUGGCGCUCAAGCAGGUCUUGGCUGAUGGAGGCUACCCGUCGGCGGCGCCACAGAUCGCCGUGCUUGACCCACUUCACACCAAUGCCAUCUACCUCAAGGUCGGUGAGCACCUCGUCGUCGUGGACAUUCACAAUGGGAAGGUGAUUGGGGCAUCGCCGCUUCAAGAGCAAUACCUCUCUCUUGUGUCAUGUGUGCUUCCACCAUGGCUUAGAUCAAGCCAGAUCCCUACGGCAGGCAAGAGGGAUGACAUGGAAGCGACAGAUGAUCUGGUUAGUUGCAUCUAGAAGUGGUGAAUGAGUAUCAAUCUACCAGCUUAUGUAUCUCUGGGUUCUGGAACUAAUAGAUGCAAGGGUUGUGCUAUUAGGAAGCUGAUGGUGGUUUGGAGAAAAUCUGCAGAAGUUCGGGUUUAUUGUUUGUUGAUGAAGUAUCUCGUUUAGAGGGAAAUCUACUCCGUAUCAGUUGUUUCAGCCCCAGUCACAUUACAACAUUCCAUUAUAACUAAAUUAAAUCGCAUGUAACGAUUACCAAAGACCAGCAUGCGUGCAAGACAAUAGGCUUACUUGCAUGAUGACAAUAUGCUCCCUUUUUUAUAGGAAAACAUGGAUGCAUCCAUCCAUGAUUUUUUUUUGAACAAUGACUCCAUCCAUGUUUAGUUUCUGGCA